AUGUCCUCCGAAGCCCACAAAAAGGCAGUAUCCAAAGCUUUGGCUGAAAUGGCUAGCUGUCAAAAUACGCCUUCCGUGGAGUUUGAUAACAAAGAACAGAAAAGAGAAGAGAUACACUCGUCGUGUAUCCACAAAGCUUUGGUGCGAACGCGCCGAAAGACCGGCGGUUCGCAGAAUAUGACUUCGGUAUUCAACUCGUUCGUCAACGAUAUUUCCAAGACUCCACGGAAAUCUACAGGUUAA